AUGGGGCUUAUCAUUGGAAUGUUUAAGCUUAUAUUACGAAUAAUAUUAGUGUUAUCGGCCUUAGCAGCCUUUAUCCUUCUCAUACCUAAUCUACCGCCUUAUACAAAGUUUACAAGCAUAAAGGUAGAGCCAACACUAGAGAGGAGUGGAAGUUUAGCGUAUAACAACAUUUUAAAUCAACCAGCACAAUUAUACAAGGAUAAGUUAUUAGGACCAGAAUGUUUCCAAGUAUGGAACGACGAGCUUUACACAAGUCUCGCGACCGGCGAAAUAGUCAAGCUAUCACGUGGACGCCACGUAACAUUUGUUACCAAAAUUGGACAGCCUUGCACUGGACUCACCCAAGAGCACAUUUGUGGACGACCGCUCGGUUUUGUGAUUGACGAAAAGAAAAAAAAUUUGAUUGUUGCCGAUGCAUAUUAUGGGAUAUGGAAGGUCAGUUUGGAAUCGGACAAGAAACAACUAUUGGUGUCACCAAAUGUGGCUAUAGAUGGAACAGUUCCAAUGUUAUUUAACUCAGUUGCUUUGGCCAGCAACGGUGACAUAUACUGGACCCACUCAAGCUCAGAUUUUCAUCUAAAAGAUGGAGUGUUUGCGAUAUUCUCCGAUCCAUCGGGAAGGUUACUGCAUUACAAUCCCGCUAAAAACGAGAGCAAAGUCCUGUUAGAUGAUUUGUGGUUUGCCAAUGGUCUAGCUAUAUCGCCAGAUAACCAAUUUGUUGUUGUAGCAGAAACAAGUAGAUACAAACUAACUAAAUACUACAUUAGUGGACCAAAGAAAGGGAAAUCUGAAGUGUUCGUUUCUGGUUUACCAGUGAUGAUAGAGCUUACGGUCCCUUGGGAAACCAACAUCCCCAAAGACCAUACCAUCAAGGUCAACAAAUAUUACGAGCUCACAAACGAACUCACUCGAAAUAGGUUCGUAGUAGAUUUGUACGCGGUAGAGGUGGGAGCGAGAGGUAUAACAGCGAAAUCUCUCUACAACCUACUAAAGGACUUGGGCUUGUCCAGAACUCACAUUAAUGCAUUCUUGGAACGUAUACCGAAGGCAGCCCUAGUAGGUUCUUUUCAAAUUUGGUUAGGUAGGGAGAGGAGCUUGGACAGUGGAGGUGAGCGUAUAACGCGCGUUAGUUAA